AUGGCCACCUUUGUAGACGACAAGACGCCCAUCUGCGUCCCUUUUAUUCUCGACCUCUUAAAGUCACACCCCGCCUCCACCAAGCCCUUUGUCAUCGGCCUCAAUGGCAUCCAGGGCGCCGGCAAGACCACCCUCGUCAGGGCUCUCGCGUCGGCUCUCGAGGCCCAAGGCGUGCCCACACUCGUCUGCAGCAUCGACGACUUCUACCUCAACCACGAGGACCUACUCGCCCUCGGGCGGGACCACGCGGACAAUGCACUGUGGCAGCAUCGCGGGGAACCAGGCACCCACGAUCUGCCAUUCGCCAAGGCGUUCUUUGACAAGGUGAUCAAAGGGGAACCCACAAAGUUACCCGUGUACGACAAGUCGGCGUACGCGGGCCAUGGCGAUCGCGCCCCCGAGGCGCAACGGAAACCCGUCAACCAGCCCGGCCAGCCCCCUGUCAAGGCGGUGAUCCUGGAGGGUUGGUGCGUUGGCUUCCGCGCCCUGAGCGAUGCGGAGGCCGAGGCCAAGUGGGAGGCCCCCAGCCGCACGCUGGGCCUGCACAAGCUGGAGCACCUGCUCCUCAUCAACGAGCAGCUACGGAACUACGACGCGUUGACGGACCUCUUUGACGCAUUCAUCCACAUUGACGCCGAGGACUUGAACUUUGUGUACGCCUGGCGCACGCAGCAGGAGGAGCAUCUCCGCCGGGACAAGGGAGACCCCAACGCGGGCAUGUCGGUCGAGGAGGUCGUCAGGUUCGUGGACGGCUAUUUUCCCGCCUACGAGCUGUACACGGACGGCGUGAGGGCUGGGGUCCUGCCAGGACAGCCAGGGAAGCAGCUGCGGAUGGUAGUGGAUGAAGACCGCAAGGUCAAGGAGGUUCAUCGUCUGUGA